AUGGGCAAGAAAGACGAGCUCGUGGAGAAAGCGCAGCGCCAGCGCGAAGAAGCCGAGCAGGCUGCGAAGAAGGAACUGGAAAAGCAAGAGCAUGAGAAGGAGCUGGAGCGUCAGGAGGCCGAGCGGCAGAAGCGGGAAGAGCAGAAAAAGGUGGAGGAGGAGAACAGGCGGAAGCUUGAGGAGUUGCAGGCGAAAGAGAGGGAAAGAGUGCAGCGGGAGGCUGCCGAGAGGCGAAGGCAGGCUGAGAAGGCUGACGAGGAGAUGAAGAAAAAGGAGGCCGAGACACGCGACCAGCGCGUGAAGGCCAGCGUGGAGGCUGCCAAGAAGCAGCAGGCUGAUCGCGCUGCUGCCAAAGCCGCCAAAGAGGUUGCUGAAAUGUCAAAGUAUUUGUGCAUGGCCCUAGCAACAGCCGCUGGCCCAACAGCUGCCCUUGCAUUUCCAGCUCUGCGUUCGCAUUUCCGCUUCAAGGUACUUCUGCCCACAGGGCCACCGAUUCAUGGAUCGGAGAACGGUGUAGUUGGGCCAGGUCAUUUGAUUGGAUGCCUGGACGUGCAUAUCUACUUCGGGCGGCACAGGUGUGCCUACACGCACUUUCAGAUGGCAAGCUCACCGGCGACACAUGGACCGAAAUCUAUUGGAAAGACCCGUCAUGCAAACUUAGCAAGCCAGCAGAAGCAACGCUCCAUCUCCAGAAUUGUUGCUCUUGUCCACAGGUGGCUUGAAACCUUUUUCCUGUUCCUUUCUCUUUGCUUCCUUCUGGGCAAUGUCUGCCCUUGCCUUUGCCAAGAGUCUUUUCCUUUCCUCGUCGUACUCUUCCUGUGUCUCUUUCCUCUUUGGCCUUCCUUCUUCUUCUUCUUCCUCCUUUGGCUCCUCUGGUCCUGUUGCUUCUCCUUCCUCUGGUUCCUCUGUCCAUGCUUCUCCUGCUUCUUGUUCCAGUGUCAGCCGGAAGCAUAUCGAGCUGAGAGGAUCCGGAGCUUUCCCGACCACGCCGUAGCCGACGCCGCAAGGAACCUGGAACAAAAGCCCCCGCCCGCAGCUAUCAAGGACGGAUACCGUGAGGGACAGCCCCCGGCAACUCCAGCUGUGAUGGACGAAAGUGGUGCUGGAGAGCUUGAAGUCGUUCCUCUUUGCCCGUAUCGCCUUUUCCUGCCUUGCGUGCGGCACCGCGAUCGGCGUCCCCGAAGCAAAGGCCGCGAAAACCUCACGUCCUGCAUAGCUCAAUUGGGUCGCAUCUGGGUAUUUACACCUCCCAGCUCGUGCGGCUCGCUUACGGCGGCACCCCGCGUAUGUGUUGUCGACCCAGCAGGACCGGUGGGUGUUGACGGCCGGGCUGCAGAGGUGGUCGUCACAGGUGGAAAGGUUGCUCUCCCACCAAACACUUUGGUCCAGUUGGUGUUGCCUUCGACCUACUUCCGUCCCGGCGACGUGAAGUCACCAUUGCCGCGCUGCUCCGAUCUCUCUGCUGCCGAGGCCGAGCGGUGUCGGUUGCUGCCUUAUCUUCUCUCACUCCGUCGGCCUACCUGA